AUGUCGGUAUUCGACAUCGACCCGGGGCUGUUCCCCUUCCCCAAGUGGGCUAUCAUCGUCCUCGGCAUUCUCGCCACCAUCUUCCUCACCCGCCGCUCUCUCCUCCCGAAACCAAUCCCCGGGAUCCCCUUCAACAAAAAUGCCGCCAACGUCCCCUUCGGCGACCUACCCGAGAUGAUGAGAUACGUGACGCGGCACAAACGCAUCUUCUGCUGGCUCACCUCCCUCACGGUGCGGCACCGGAGCCCCGUCGUCCAGGCCUUCAUCAGACCGUGGUCGCCGCCGUGGGUCGUCAUCACCGACCCGCAGGAGAGCCAGGACAUCCUGCUGCGCCGGACGAGGGAGUUCGACAGGAGCAGCUUCUUCGGGGACGUCAUCGUCGGCAUCCUCCCGGAGCAGCACAGCAUCAUGCGCUCCGCCGACCUCAAGUUCAAGAGGGCGCGCAGCUUGAUCAACCACCUGAUGGCCCCGACGUUCAUCUCUCAGGUCAGCGCGCCCGAGGUGUACAAGUCGAUCAACACCCUGAUCAAGGUCUGGCGGGUCAAGUGUGAACAGGCUCGGGGACGCCCGUUCUCGGCGCAUCACGACAUCACGUACGCGGCGCUGGACUCCAUCUUCGCGUCGUCGUUUGGUCUCCCGGAGUCGCAGAGCAUCACGAUUCAGCAGCUAGCUGCCGUGGAGCAGUCGACCGCUCGAGUUCCCGAGCCGGAUGACGAAGAAGUCGUCUUCCCGGAGGGAACUAUGCCAGAGCUGUUUUCCGCCGUUCUCACGCUCACCGAUUCCGUGAUGACCACGCAACUAUCUCCGGCCCCGGUGCUCACGUCUUGGAUCCUCCGCAAGUUUCCGUACAUGAAGAAGGCGACGGCCAUCAAAGAGAAGUACAUCCGCGACAAGAUCACGGAGUCGGUACAGCUCAUCGAAGGCGGCAAGACGGAGCCGUGGAGCGCCCUGCACUCGGUGCUGCUCCGAGAGAGAGAGAUUGCCGCUAAGGAGGUUCGGGAGCCCGAGUACUACAAGCGCAACAUCUUUGACGAGUUCUUUGGCUUCAUGAUGGCCGGUCACGAUACGUCUGCCACGGCCGUGGCCUGGGGUGUGAAGUACUUGGCCGACAAUCCUGCCGUCCAAGACCGUCUCCGCGAUGCCUUGCAGGCAGCGAUGCCGCAGGCUGCCGAAGAAAACCGCACGCCGACCUAUAAUGAGCUCACUAAGGCACAGAUUCCUUACCUCGACGCCACGGUCGAGGAGAUUCUGCGACAUUCCGGGCCAAUUGCGUUCGUCAGCCGUGAAGCUCUGCAUAAUACUACAGUCAUGGGGCGGGAUAUCCCGAAAGGCACGAAUGUAUUCCUGAUGGCCAACGGUCCCGGGUACCUGCAGCCGAACAUGGAAAUUGAGGAUGAGAGCAGAAGCCCGACUGCGCGUCGGAGUCAGAAUAAAGCCAUGACCGGGUUAUGGAACGACGAGGACAUUGCCGUCUUCCGACCGGAACGGUGGCUCAAGGCGAACGUGGAUAAAAAUGUCGAGGGGGACGAGGUGUUUGAUCCCACAGCUGGGCCGAUGCUUGCGUUUGGGUUGGGGCAUCGUGGUUGCUUCGGAAAGAGACUGGCGUUGCAGACGCUCAAGAUCGAGUUCUCGUUGAUCGUGUGGAACUUUCAUCUGUUACCGGUACCGACGGAACUCAAUGGGUAUGAUGCGGUACAGAAGUUCGCGAGGGAGCCGACGCAGUGCUAUGUUCGGUUGAAGAACGUUGCGUAG